AUGGAGAAUGAGGUGGGAUGGAUGAACGAAGUGCUGGACAACAGCGACGAUGGUGAGUCUUUCAUCGAAAUGCAAAUCAACAAAGCAGCCACAGGAUUGAGCAUCUCUUCUUCUCCAUCUCCCGAUAACGAAAUGCAGAAGACAACAAUCUUCUCAUCGUCCUCUAGCUGCUUCUCUGCAUACAGUAGCGUGGCGAGGUUAAUGAUGAUGAAACUGGGGUGUUUGAGUAUAGUGGGAGUGAUAAGAGAGAAAGUGAACGUGGGAGAGAAGUGGGUCCUUCAAGUUAUACACAGAAGACGAAGCAAGAGACCCGUACGAUACUACUGUGAAGGCAACACUAAUACAAACGAGGAAACAUUAACGGAAGAAUCCCUCAAGGCAGCCAUCGCUUACUGCAAUGCCUCCUCUAGCUCACUCCCCUCUACAAACUUGAUAAUUAAUAGAGACCGAUAA